UUCCGAACCCCUGGUCUUCGGAAAAGAACGUUCAAUGUAUAUUACCAAUGGUUCAUAAACGUGACUGUGUACUAUGGGCUCACGUUAAAUAUGGGUAGCUUACCUGGGGACGUUUAUCUCAACUUUUUCCUGUCUGGUCUUGGAGAGAUACCAGGAACAUUUCUCGUGCUGCUAACCCUUGAUAGGUUUGGUAGGAAACGCCCUCUGGCAGUUGUAGAGUUACUCGCUGGGUUGUGUUUAUUGGGAUGUUUACCUGUCAUUUACAGAUCUGAUUUACGUGCUGUUCGAACUGCGUUAGCACUUAUAGGUAGAGUUUUAAUAUCCGCUUCAUUUGGUAUGGUUUAUAUGUUCACUGCGGAGUUAUACCCAACUGUCUGUAGAAACGUAGCAAUAGGGUCUGCAUCAACACUCGGAAGGAUAGGCGCAGUAUUAGCCCCACAGUUGUCACUUUUGGAUAAAUAUUGGGCAGGAGUGUCAACACUUGUGUUUGGGGUCAUGGCAAUUUUGGCAGCUCUCCUAGUGCUCCUUCUUCCUGAUACUUUGGACACAGCUCUCCCAGAAAGUAUUAAAGAGAGUGAACACUUUGGGAAAAAGAAACAAGUGGAGCAUGAACUGCAGGAUUUUAAAUCAAACACAGAUUCAUGUGACUAUGACACAGACAAAGAUAAACCGGAAAUGGAAAAGUUCAUAUCUACAGCAUGAUGAAGCUUGCGCCAUUGCAUUGGUCUUUAAUAUUGGAUACUCACAUUUUCGGACACUCUGUAUUGCAUAUAAUUACUUAGAAGAGUGUAGUCUAAAGAGUGAUACCAGGCUGAUACCAAUUUCAACUCCAGAACAUGACAUCGCCAAUCGAGGCACACAAUGUUGUCAGAAAAUAACCAAAAUUGUGACAUAUUUCUCUUUU